AUGGCGUGUGAAACAGUGCACGACAUGCUAGAUUCGAUGGACACGUCUGAGGUCGGUCCAUUUGUAUGUCAAUCGUCUGGAAUGACCGUUGAACGUGAGUAUGUGUGUAAUAACGUGGUUGAUUGUGAAGAUGCCAGUGAUGAGUACGACUGCUUUCAAGAUGCAAGUGCAACUUAUGUCCCGGAUGUGGGAGAACUUUUGCGGAAUUACUCAGCGCUCUCAACGGACAGCAACCUAUACGAAAACUUUGUUACGCAUCACUACGCUGACAAUAUGUUUGGUCGAGUUGUACGCGAGAAUCCACCAGACUGGCAUGGGUUUAUCGCAUACAGUUCUUCUCCAGAUUAUAGUGAUCUGGAAGCUGUACUAAAACUCCAGACUGGGUUAAAGUUGACACUGUUCACCGAGCAAGAGGAAUACAUCAGUGUGUAUGGUCGUGAUUCUGGUGCCAGAGUGGUGAUUCAUCCGCCAUAUAUGACAGCCAUGCCAUGGUCCGAGGGAAUUACCAUCGAGCCCGGUAAAAUUACGUCAAUUGGAAUAAAAGAGACACGUGUUUAUCGUCAACCAGCGCCUUACGGCACAUGUGUCACUACCACUCAUUACGAAACUGACUACGGCAAGUACUACAAAGCAUCGGCAUGCGAAGAAUCCUGUAUCCAGGACAGAAUGAUGGAAUACUGUAGAUGUGUCGAUACUAUGCUAAGGAAUGCUUCUCGAUGUAUGCUAUUGAAUCGCACUCAGGAUACGUGCAGGCAGCUGAUGUACUACGCUCUUCAGCAGAACAUAUUGGGAUGUGAAUGUCAAGAAGCCUGCAAGGAACUUUACUAUGAAACAUCUAUAUCACAGUCUCUGUGGCCUUCAAAUACGUAUUUGAAACACUUACUGAAACAGAUACAUGCCGAAAACCCGAAAACGUUGAAUAUUAAUGAUCUAGAAAGUGUUAGGCAAAAUCUUAUUCGUAUUGAGCUCUACUUUGAUGAGUUGAAUUUUGAAGCAAUUACCGAGAAGCCAGAGAUUUCGGAGGAGGUGUUAUUGAGCAGUAUUGGUGGUAGUCUCGGGUUAUUCUGUGGAUUUUCGUUCUUGACCAUCGUUGAGUUCAUUCAGUUCGCCUUUGAUCUGGUCAAGCUGACUUACAUUCGUCAUAUCUUCAAAAGACUGCGGCCUGUUGGCGUGACAACCUGA